CUGUAAAUUCUGAUUGGUCGUUUUCAGAACGAGCCGUUCUUGUUGAUUAUUUGAUCGAUGCGCGCGUUGUUCAACUGCAAAUCAUUAAACCCAUGAUCAGGUUCAUGAUUUGCAAAACAGAAAAAUGAGCAGGCCAGGUACCAGACCAACUGCCAUGGGCACUAGGGGGAUAAGUGCCCGGACCAGCGGUUUAAAUCAGCUGUUCAUGGGCAAGACAGGCUCAGCAGGAUGGAGAACACACAUUGCUCGGGAGGGGCUACUGGAUGCACUUCUUGUACUAUAUGAAGAAUGCCACAGUGAGCAGUUAAUGAAAGACAAGCACAUUGCUUCGUUUGUGGACAAGUAUAAGUCUACUAUUAAUGAGGUAAAAAACCUAAGGAUCAGCAUCAAUGACUUUGAGGUCAAGAAGGUGAUUGGUCGGGGUCAUUUUGGUGAAGUACAAGUCGUCAGAGAGAAAACAUCGGGAGAUGUGUAUGCAAUGAAGAUACUCCGCAAAGAUGACACACUUGCUAAGGAAAAUGUUGCCUUCUUUGAAGAAGAGCGUGACAUCAUGGCCCGUGCCAGCAAUGAAUGGUUGACACACCUACAGUAUGCCUUCCAGGAUACCACCAACCUGUACCUCAUCAUGGAGUUUCAUCCUGGAGGGGACAUGCUGUCUCUGCUCAGUCGGUUUGAUGAUGUGUUCGAGGAGAGUAUGGCUCAGUUUUACCUGGCUGAAAUGGUGGCUGCUAUCCAUAGUUUGCAUACUAUGGGAUAUGUUCACAGGGAUAUUAAACCAGAUAACAUCCUUGUGGACAGAACUGGCCACAUCAAACUUGCUGAUUUUGGGUCUGCAGCAAAGCUGUCAUCUGAUAACAAGGUCUGUGCCAAGAUGCCAGUAGGUACGCCUGACUAUGUUGCCCCUGAGGUGUUGAUGAGUAUGAACAGUAAGGAAGGGACGUACGGCCUGGAAUGUGAUUGGUGGUCCUUGGGCAUUGUAGCCUAUGAAAUGCUGUUUGGAAAAACACCAUUCACUGAAGAUUCAAUAGUUGUCACCUACAGCAACAUCAUGGACUUUAAGAACAAGUUGAAGUUUCCCUCGGUACCUGAAGUCAGCCAUCACGCUAAGAAUCUGAUGCAGAAUCUACUGAGUGACAAGUUGAAUAGGCUUGGCUAUGAAGGCCUGGGCUGUCAUCCAUUCUUCAGUAGCAUUGAAUGGGCAACACUCAGACAAAGUGUGCCACCCUUUGUACCCACUGUUACCAGUGUCGAUGACACAUCCAACUUUGAUGACUUUGAUCCUGAGCCUCUGCGUGUUCAUUUCAACUUCAACAAGCCUGGCUUUUCAGGACGGGAUUUACCAUUCAUUGGCUUCACAUACACCAAGGAACUGGCUAGCAUCACUGCUGUGGAGCACCUCAGAAAUACUGCCAACCAGGAAUGCGCAUCGCCAAUGACCAAGAAUAAUCUGGAACGUCGUCUAGCAGCAAAGACACAAGAACUACAAGAUAUUCAUAGCAAGUAUCACAAGACAGAGGGAUCCCAGGCUGCCUUGACUAAACAGGUAUCAGAGCUUCAGGGAGUUGUCAGAGACAAGACGGUGUCAUUGAAAGCAGCACAAGCAGAGAAGAUGGCCCUGGAGAAAGAUCUGGCCCUGUCUGUGGCAGAGAUUGCUAAUAUGAAGAGGAUGUUGGAGAUGGAGAGAAGUCAGAUCAAAGCAUCGGACAGCAAAGCUGUGCAGCUACUGGGUCACAUCAGAGAAGCUAACAAGAAAACAACACAGAUGAAAGAUGAAGAAUUCAGAGCUGAGUUGGAGGAACAUCAACAAGCCAUGUCUCAGCUGGAAUUGGAUCGCUAUAUGGCCACACAGAGAGCUAGCAAAAUGGAAGGUGAUCUCAAGAUGACUACUAAGGCAUGUGAGGAAGCAAAAGCUAAGGUCAUUGAGCUCCAAGCUAAACUGGCCAAGAGCAAGGAGGCAUCAAGACAACAAGUCAAAGAGUUGCAGGCCAAGCUGGAUGAGAUUUCCACUGCCAGUAGCAAUGAAACAACCGAGUUACGCAAGAAGCUAUCUAAGGCAGUAGAGUCCAGUAAGGAAGCCACAGAACUCAUGGUCAAUCUACGACAAGAGAAGAAUCGUCUUCAAGAUGAUCGUAGGCGGAGUAGGAUGCAGAGAGAAUGCUGCCAAGACAUGAGGAAUAAGAUGCAAGAGGCGCUGGAUUGUCAGACUUCCUUAGAGCAUCGUCUUCAUACUGUAGAGCAACGUGAAACUAGACUGAUAGAGGAAGUACAGGCAAAGCAUGGACUACAUCAAGAUCUGACCAAACAGAUUAUUGAGUUGGAAGAAAAGUAUGAGGCAGCGUAUGGGGAAAGGAAACGGCUUGAGCGAAGUCUACACAAGAAGGAAGCAGAGAUGGAGCAGAGGGUCAAGGAUCUGCAGCAGCAACUAGCCAUAGCUAAGAGGGAGCAACAUCAUGUAGUGGAGAGACGAGUAGCCGGUGCCUCACAGGAACACCAGGUUAAGAUACAGGAACAAGAAGCAACUAUUACAAUGCUACAAAGCAAAGUCGAUGUGCUGGAGAGACAGAUUGAAGAAAUGAUGGAAACAAAGAACGACAAACUGCAACAGGAAAGGAAGGAACUCAAACGUGCUGGGGAGGAGAGAGUCGCUGAUCUCAAACAGGAGAAAUACUACCUUGAGACACAACUCGGCAAAGUGGAAUGUGAGCUGAAACAAGCGAAUAUCAGCCAGGCAAGCCUCAAGAAAAGGAUUAGUGAGUUACAAGGACAACUUGACCAGAAUGCAAGAUAUCAGGAGCAAGAGAUGCAGGAGUUACGUCAGCAGCUGAGAGAUGCUCACGCCAUCACCAGGGAUGCUAACCAGAACAUACAACAACUAGAGGAUUCUAAGGCCGUCCUACAAGACAAAGCUAGCAAGCUGCAGGGAAAACUGGAUGCAUACAAGCAAAAGGCAGAACAACAGCUACAUCAGAUACAGACGGAGAAGCAAGAGAUUGAAGACAAGUUUGAGACGCUGAAGACAAGCUGUUCAGUGAUCACAGAGCUUGAGGAGCAGCUAACAGAGACAUCAGAACGUUGCCAGGAACUCAUGCUACAGAACAGUGAGAUGGAGACAGAGACCGAAGGACUGAGAGAGGAGAAAGAGAGACUGGAGAUGGCCAACGAGCAGAUAGAUGAGGAACUGAGGGAGAAGAGAAGGACAUGUGCCAAUCAGGAACUGACCAUCUCCAUGCUGAAGUCGUCUUGUGUGAUGCUGGAGGAACAGAUUGUAGACAUGGAAGCAUUGAGCGCUAAGAUGGAAGAAAAGGAGACGACACUCAGACAAGAGCGAGACAGUCUCAAUGAGGAACUGAGCCAGAAGAUGAUGGAGCUACAGAAAGCUGGACAAGCAUUGGAGACCGAGAAACAGGCUAGGGAGUGGUCUGAGCAGAAGGUGAAGGAGGCUAACAAUACCUUGCAAGAAAAAGAGAGAACUCACAAGGCACAGAUUGAGAUGUGGCAAGCACACGUAGAGGAACACAAGCAGAAAGCUGCCAAGAUGGCUCAAAGUAUGAAUGAACUUGAAAAGCAACAUGCUGUACUUGAGGUUAAUCUCAAGGAAGUUGAGAAAGCAUGCAGUCAGGAAAAGGAUGACAACAAACAACUUGAGAAAGAGGUAUCUGAGCUUACAGGACAGUUGCAGAAGAAUAAGACGACCACAUUCAAGUUGACUCAGAGUCUAGAGCAAGCUAUAGAGAGAGGUGAACAGUUGAAAGCUGAGGGGCAAGACCUGGAGAAUCAGAUGGAAACCAUGCAGGUGCAGCAUACCCAUGAGAAGGUGAAACUAGAAGGUACUCUAGCCCAGCAGACCAAGUUGAUUGACUUCCUCCAAGCAAAGGUUGAAGCUCCGCCCAAAAAGAAGAAGAAGAGAUUGUUUGGCAAAUCAACCAAGGACAGCACCAUGUCAAGUAUUCCUAUGCAGUACAAGGAGCUACAGCAAGCCUUAGAGAUGGAGCGAAGUAGGAAACAGGAUCUCCAACGACAACUGACUAAGACUAAGGCAGAACUACAGGUGGCUAAGAUGGAAGCCAAUACCAAACCCCGCUCCGAUUUCAAGACUCCCAAGCCUGUUGGUCAUACAGCCAAUCCUCACUUGUUAUCAGCCAUAGUCCUAUCCCCAACCAACCAGCCUAGCCCUAGCCUCUUCACACCAGUCCCCAACGCCAGGGCUAGCUCCAAGCGUAAGACGGCGCAGAGUGGCAAAGAGGCUAAACGCUUGAAGGAACGUAUGAAGCAUAACAUACCACAUCGUCUGGUAACCGGACUCAACACACGUGCCACUAAGUGUGCUGUCUGUGUGGAUACUGUGCACUUUGGACGACAGUGUGCAAAAUGCCAAGAGUGUCACCAGGUUUGUCACCUCAAGUGUGCCUCAUCCUUACCCCAUACAUGUGGUCUGCCAUCCCAGUACGUACAGCAUUUCAGUCAGGCCAUGCAUUGCAAGACAGCUUCGCCUAAAGUGGGUCCUAUUGAAGGGGAGAAUGGCUCAGUCACCCUGCAGAGUUGGAUGAAGAUACCCAGGAAUGGUAAAUCUGGUUGGGAUAAGAAGUGGGUGGUCCUGGAAGGAACCAAGCUAUGUAUCUAUGACAAGGAGAACACCAAUGGUUCCAGUAAACCGGGUGAUGAGUUUGACCUGUGUCCCUCUGAUGGUCGGGUGACGAUCCACGCAGGAGUGACUGCUGCUGAGCUAGGCAACACCGCAUCGACUGACCUCACCUACGUGCUACGCAUUGAGUUGCAUCCGCACACAACUUGCUGGCCUGGACGUACACUCUUCCUGAUGGCUUCCAGCUUCUCAGACAAACAGAAGUGGAUGAUGACUCUGGAGUUUGUCAUGAGUGAAGGGAGCGUGGGUGCACAGGUUGCCAGAGAUAAUGCACGUCUCUUGGGGAAUACCCUCCUGAGCUUGGAGGGAGAGAAUAAAAUGGAUAUCAACUGCACGCUGCUUCUUAGCCAGGAGUUGAUGUUGAUUGGCUCUGAAGAUGGACUGUUUGCUAUGGCCAGCACUGAUAAACCUCAGCCGCUAUCACAGCUGAAUGGUGUAGACAGUGUCUUCCAGAUGAAGGCUAUAGCUCCUCUUGGCAUUGCUAUCAUGACUGUUGGCCCUGAGCGUAGACUGUGCUUUGCAGACCUGACACAUUUGAAGACUAUGGCUAGUCAGGCUAGUGUGACCGAGGCUGUCAUCAACUACACGCCCAUAGAAAAUAUUCAGGCUUGUCAUCUGUUUGCCUAUGGAGCAGUCAAUGGGGCGGCAUACAUAUGUGCAGCUACUCCUCAGAAGAUCAGGAUUCUCAAACACAGUAAACUGAAUGGUGUCUCCAAGUUCUCUACACGUAAGGAGAUCAAUACAUCGGAACCCUGUAGUUGUUUGUUGUUUACACCAAGCAGCCUGCUUGCUGGUACUGAUCGCUUCUAUCAGAUUGAUCUAGACCAAUAUCAAAUCGAUGAGUUUCUGGAUUCUACUGAUACUUCCCUGGCGUUUGCCGUCUUUGGAGCAAGUCAAGUCAACAGCUUCCCAAUAGCAGUGGUGCAGAUUGCUCCAGACGGCUUCCCUAAGGAAUAUCUACUCUGCUUCCAUGAGUUUGGCGUGUUUGUGGAUGGCAAAGGUCGGCGUACUCGUCCUGAAGACAUGAAAUGGUCACGUCUACCAUUAGCAUUCAUGUUCAGGGGCCCUUACCUGUAUGUUACCCACUUCAACUCCAUGGAGGUGUGUGAAAUUAAGCCAAUCGUGGAACAGGACAGCCCUGGUAUACACACCUUCCUGGAUCUUGCCAGUCCUCGUCUUGUUGGUCAUGGUAUGACACCAGGCACUGCGUACGUCACAUCCACCACUGACACCCUGCUGGAUCUGAUAUGUCUGAAGGGACAUACAACCCAGACUAAUACACAGGAGGAACCAAGGAGGCCCCUCCGACAGCAUAGUGGAUCCAGGGGCAGUACACAAAAUAAUGGCAGUUCACUGAAACGACCUCUCUCAGAGGCUUCGGCCAAUCAGCCAUCAGGUAAGAUGCUGCGUAGCUCCUUUCAAAACUCCAGUAUGAUGAGUCGUCAGUCUUCUUCUUGCUCUAGCUCAUCAACCUCAUCUUGGGCAAGUAGUUUGCGGCGUUCACCUCGCUUCAGAAACAUGUCCUCAUCAGAUGAGGAAUCUGUGACAAGCUGUAGUUCAUUGCAUAAGAGAUUCACUCCCAGUAAGCAAGGCAAAUUUACUGCCGUGUGAUAGACAAGCAACUAUUGAACAAAUACAGUCCUGUUUAGUUAUGGACCUUGUAAGAAUAUUUGUCGCGACUGAGAUUUGUAGUUCACUGCAACUGUAUACAUGUAUACAAUGUGUUGUAGAUGCAUCACAGGUGAGUGUAAUGGAUCGUAGUAUCUUUGUACAUAGCAUUGUUGAUUAAAA